UCAAGACAAAUUAAGACCAGCGACCAGGACAAGAUAGAGGACUUAAAAAUAUACCUUUUCACACUUAUUUUAUGCUGUGACUGCAAGGAUAUUUUACUCCAGCAGUAAUUAUUUUGUGAAUAGUAAAGUUUUUGUGAAUACGCGCGCCGCACUUCUGGACACAACGAAUGCGCACUGCUGCCGAUCAAACACCUGGGGAAAAUGACCUCGCUGCCUCUCAGAUGUGUCUUGGUUUUGGCUGUAAUGCAAGUGGUAUCGUCCUCUGGUGUGUUUGAACUGAAAGUCCAUUCGUUCAACACUGCCCACCGCAUAUGCAGAAGGCAUAGGGACUGCCACAUCUUUUUCCGAAUUUGUCUCAAACACUCCGAGGACGUAAUUCAUGCAGAGCCACCAUGCACUUUUGGAACCGGGCACACCAACGUCAUCCGCGCGGAUCAGGCCUCGAUUUCAAGCAGUGCUCCGAUAAGAAUACCUUUCCAUUUCAAGUGGCCGGGAACAUUUUCACUAAUCAUUGAAUCAUGGAACGCAGAAACCCCUACAGAAUACACAGACAAUCAAAACAAUCUUGUCAGCCGCUUGGCAACCAGAAGAAGACUGGGAAUCGGCGAGGACUGGUCUCAAGACGUCCACUUUGGUGAGCAGAGCGAGUUGCGCUACUCCUAUCACGUAUUCUGCGACGAGUACUACUUUGGCGACAGCUGCGCGGAGUACUGCCGACCCCGUGACGACACACUGGGCCACUACACCUGUGACGAGGAGGGGAACAAGCACUGCCUGGAGGGCUGGAAGGGCAACUACUGCUCUGACCCCAUCUGCUCAGCGGAUUGCAGUGAGAGACACGGCUACUGCGAGUCCCCCGGGGACUGCAAGUGCAGGAUGGGCUGGCAGGGGCCCUCGUGCACGGAGUGCGUUCGCUACCCGGGCUGCCUCCACGGCACCUGCAGCCAGCCGUGGCAGUGCGAAUGCAAGGAAGGCUGGGGGGGCCUCUUCUGUGACCAGGACCUCAACUACUGCACCAACCACCGGCCGUGCGCCAACAGUGCCACUUGCACCAACACGGGUCAGGGCAGCUACACCUGUACAUGCCGCCCGGGAUACGGCGGCACCAACUGUGAGCUGGAGACCAACGAGUGCGACAGCAAUCCAUGCAAGAACGGAGGCAGCUGCAAUGACCUGGAGAAUGACUACUCGUGUACAUGCCCCCAGGGCUUCUAUGGGAAGAACUGCGAGAUCAUCGCCAUGACGUGUGCAGACGGGCCCUGCUUCAACGGGGGCACCUGCAUGGAGAUGUUGGCCGGAGGCUACACCUGCCGCUGCCCUCCCACCUACACUGGCUCCAACUGCGAGAAGAAGCUGGACCGCUGCAGCCACAGCCCCUGUCUGAACGGGGGUGACUGUCUGGACCUGGGUCAGAGUGUUCUGUGUCGCUGCCGCUCCGGCUUCACCGGCGCCAACUGCCAGAUCAACAUCGAUGACUGUGCCUCAGCGCCGUGCCAGAACGCCGGCACCUGCCAGGACGGCCUGAAUGACUACACCUGCUCAUGCACGCUGGGCUACGCCGGCAAGAACUGCAGCGUGCGCUCGGACGCUUGCGGACGUGGUGCUGGCGCCCAGCCCUGCCAGAAUGGCGGCACCUGCUUCACCCACUUCACCGGGCCGGUGUGCCAGUGUCCGCCGGGUUCCAUGGGACCCAACUGCGAGUUCUCGCUGCAGCCCAGCUUCCAGCCCGCCCCCCGGCUGACCAGUAAGCCGUCCUCCGUCACCCUCACCACCUCCUGCGUCCUCGCGUUACUUGCCCUCGGCCUGGCUGCAGGCAUCGUGGUGCUGCGGCGCCGUCGGCUAUGUGGCAAAAAGCAGCUGAGCGACUCGGCUGUUUUCAAUGACCUGGAGACGGUGAUCAACCACUUCCCCAGUGAGAGAGAGGCUUUCCUGGGGCCCAGUGGCCUGUUCAAAAUCAGCAACAGUGACCCGCGCCUUAGCCUGGCUUCGCUGGUAGCACUGAACCCCCCAGGCGACAGAACGGGCAGGGGACACGUCGCGGAGCGCCACUCUCUCCCCCCAUCACAGGACUACAUCUGGAGGGGAGAGGGUGGGGCCAGGCCUAGUGCCUCUGCACAACUCCAACUCUACCCUCAAGUUUACCAACAACACCACUGUGGAAGUCCUGAUAACCAACAACGAUGACUCAGCUUAUGGAGAAGGUAAAUGAAUUGGCAUUGUGGUGCCAGGACAGCAACUUCUCCCACAACGUCAGCAAAACAAUGGAGAUGAUUGUUGAUUUUAGCAAGACGAGGAAGAAUCCCACCCUGAUCCACAUCAAUGGAUCUACAUUACAGAACCAGCAGUUUUAGGUUAAUCAGCAUUCAGAUUGCCUAUACAUCAUCUUUACUCCCUAAGGCAAUUUCA